CCUUUGUUGUCUCUGCUCUUGCUCCGGUUUGUAGUCAGACUCUUUCUGUGAUUUCAAUUUUAUUUUUUGUUGUUGUAUUGUUAAUGUUUUUGUGGGUUUUGGUUCUUUGGGUUUUCCGAUUUUCAAGCUUUGUUUGUUGAUUUUUUUUUGUAGGAUUUUGUUUGUCACGUCUCUGAAACAUGUGACUCCAAAUAGGGGUUUGUUGUUGGAACAAUCAUCUUAUGUACAAGCAAGUGGAAAUGCUCACGUCUGUUAAUAUUCAGCGAAGAAGUAUUAUUUAUUUACUUACUUCCACCUAUAAUCUUCGAUGCUGAGUAAGGUGAAGAAGUCUGACAACACAGAAGCAUUGAAUAGGGUCGACUUGUUGAUUUCAGUGGAUUUUCCCCGAUUUAGGAUUUUUUUUUGGAGGAACAAGAGUUGGAGAGAGAUUGAGAUUGAUGGCCCUCUUCCGGACUUCCAUUUUAUUCCUAUCAAAUACUUGAAAGAGGACAACCCACGUGGGUCUGCUGACGUCAAUCCAGCUUUGACGCCUUACAGUCAGCAACAAGGAGUCUUCCUGGAAACUUUGUGGGAUUGA